CCUACCGACCGGAGCAGCUUUCGGGCUGCGAUAGUAUGUGCUCUGCCUCGUGAGGCUGAUACCGUCACCUUGCUCUUCGAUCAAUUCUGGGACAAGGCGAUCGAUCCUUACGGCCAAACAGAUGGAGAUACGAAUGCGUACAUCACAGGGCGUAUUAGAAAACACAAUGUUAUUUUAUCUGUCCUCCCCAGUAUGGGUACAAACAACGUAGCGGCGGCAACAGCCACCAUGCGAACAAGCUACGUUGGCCUGAGACUUGUGCUGAUUGUCGGCGUCUACAGUGGCUUACGCCGCAUCGCCAACAUGGAUGUAUUUCUUGGUGAUGUUGUAGUGAGUAAAUCUGUUAUCCAAUCUGACUACGGCAGGCAAUAUCCUAUGAUUUAG